AUGACAAAUAUGACGAGAAGUGGACAUCGGCGGGGCCUCUGGUGCUUCUACCCCCGUAGUACCUCUCUGCAGCCCGCCCCGGUCGCGUUUAUUCGAGCAGUUUUUUGGGCAGCGUCUGUGGGGCACCACCAGUAUGAGACCACCGCGUUCCUGCGGGCUGUGUCGGGUUCGAAGAUGGCGGCCACGACGGAACAAACUGAAAAUCGCAGUGGUGGUGCAGCUCCUUUGGGGAAUGACGGAGGACUGGGAACCGGGAAGGCACCGGGGCACACCGGUGGGACGAUGCAAGAAGGACCACCGCCGCAAACUGCUACUACGAAGGAAAAGCUCGCGGCCACAGUUCGACCCGCGUCUGGUUCCUCAAAAGUCCUCCAAGAAGUGGCGACCAACGCGGACAUGGUCGCGGAGGAAACCGACGUCUCUACCGAAGACGCUGACCUAAAUCUGCUCGCGGAUGGCGACUUCGGAGCGGUGGAUGAAAGCGGAAAGUCGUUCUUGAAAACCCGACCACCUGCUCCAACUCGCGAAGCGGGGUCUUCCACGACGGGUUCACAGCUGGGUACUCCAAGCGUCGGGCGCGAGCGCGGGGAUUUGCGACGUAAAAAUAUAAUAUCACUCGGAGAAGCAGAACCGCCGGGACCGGUUCCUGCGGAAGCACCGAUUGGUGAGCGUCUGUCUCAGGAGCAAAUAAGACAUCGAAUGAAGGCGCAGUGUAACAAUUGA